GCGAUGUCUGCCUCUACAGCAAAUCUUGAAUAUGCUUCCCAUGCUCCGGAACCUAUAAAAGACUCUCGCACCUCAGAAAAUGCAGAGCCUUCUCAACCACCAGAUUAUCUCCGAUUGAUCCUCACUGCACGAGUUUAUGACAUCCUCAAGGAGACACCCCUCGUCUAUGCAUCGAAUUUAAGCACGAAACUAGGAAACGAAAUAUGGUUGAAGAGGGAGGAUCUCCAGGAGGUCUUCAGUUUCAAGAUCAGAGGGGCCUACAACUUCAUGGCUCAUCUCAGUCAGGAAGAUCGAUGGAAGGGUGUCGUGACGUGCAGCGCUGGCAAUCAUGCUCAGGGAGUUGCACUUUCUGGCAGCCGCCUCAAAAUCCCGUGCACGAUUGUAAUGCCGAAAGCUACGCCAGCCAUCAAAGUCCGCAACGCUUUGCGCUAUGGCGCUAAAGUUGUCCUACAUGGCGAAGAUUUUGACGCUGCCAAGCAUGAAAGCGUAAGACUGGCAGCUCAAUAUGGAUUGACUUUUGUACCGCCAUUCGAUCACCCGCUCGUAAUUGCAGGCCAAGGGACGGUUGGAAUGGAGAUUCUCAAACAAUUAAAGGAGUCUGAUAAAUUGGAUGGCAUCUUCGCAAGUGUCGGUGGUGGUGGACUAGCAUCCGGACUUUGUGAAUAUGUUAAGAGGAUAGGAUCUCCAAAUACACGUGUCCUCGGAGUAGAGACAUUCGAUUCAGAUUCCAUGUCACAGAGUCUCAAGAAGGGCGAAAGGGUGGAGCUUAAGGAGGUAGGGCCAUUCGCAGACGGUACAGCUGUUAGACUAGUUGGCGAGGAACCAUUCCGUAUAUGCAAGAAAUUAUUAGAUGGUGUCGUACUGGUGGACAAUGACGAACUAUGCGCUGCGAUCAAGGACGUUUUUGAAGAAACUAGAUCUAUAACAGAGCCGGCUGGUGCACUUUCGUUAGCAGGCGUUAAGCGAUAUAUUCAAGAGAAUAAUCUGGUUGGUGCUGGGAAAAGGUUUGUAGCUGUUAUCACAGGCGCGAACAUGAACUUUGGACGUCUUCGUUUUGUUGCUGAACGUGCUGAACUUGGAGAAGGUCGUGAAGCUCUUUUAAGCGUCGAGAUUCCCGAAACACCCGGCAGCUUCGUUGCCUUACAUUCCGUGAUUCAUCCACGAGCAGUAUCAGAGUUUAUCUAUCGUUACGAUUCUCCCGCCCUCGCGCAUGUAUUCCUAUCCUUCAUCCUCGACACAAACUCGCGACAAAAAGAGAUCAGCGAUGUUCUUGCAGAGCUUGAGGCUAAAGGGAUGAAGGGUUACGAUAUAAGCAAUGACGAGCUUGCUAAAUCACACGCGCGUUAUCUGGUGGGCGGACGGAAGCAAGUUCCGAACGAGCGUGUGUUCAGAUUCGAAUUCCCAGAGAAGCCUGGUGCUUUGCGAAAAUUCUUGCUCGGUAUACACUCUGGCUGGAACAUUUCGUUGUUCCAUUAUCGAAAUCAUGGAGCCGAUCUUGGCAAAAUAUUGGCGGGAAUCCAGGUCCCUCCAGACGAGAACAAAGAGUUCGACGAGUUUCUUGAACAGCUUGGUUAUACCUACGUAGAGGAGACGGAAAACGACACCUACAAGCGCUAUUUACGCGGGCAGCCAUCUUAGAACAAAUUUCAAGUGAUAUUGCAGUGAUUAUAGAGGCUUGGCGAGCUUGGUUUACCCAUUCAAUUUUCAAUUUUUCAUCACAGUGCGAGUUGUAGCAAGUCCGUGUAGAAUAAAGUAAUCCUGGAAGAGCGAAGUGGA